AUGCCUCGUCUUCCAAUUAGAGACGCGCAUGAAUGGAUUAAUGAGAUUCCCUCUGUCCCGAGUUACUAUCUAGCGAAACGACAGUCAAGGGAACGGACUUGA